CCUCGUUUCUGGUACAGGAUGCAUGGCAAAGAUCUGGAAGGGGCCACGAGCCUCAAUCCACAGAUAAUGCUGGGCUCUUUUUCGUCGAUACCAACGCACGGAAAGGACAGCUGGGCCAGUACUCCAGCAACCAACCGAGACGAUACCCCAGAUACUACUAGAGAUGAACCAUCCAACAAACCCAAUCCUUCUAGACACGCGCGGUUUCCCUACCCGCAAAAUCAACCAGGUCCUCUCAGGAAAGCCGCAGACGGCACGUGUCACUCCGAAACGACUGUGUACACUCUCAAAUGUCCAAGUGAAUCCGAUGCUGAGGGAUAG